ACACACACACACACACACACACACACACACACACACACACACACACACAUAUUUUGUGUUAUUUGGUCUUUUUCACUGUUAUUUAACAGUUCACUGUACAUUUUACUAUAGCCUACAAGUCCUGACUACUAGCUAAUGUAUGAUAUUGAUUAAUUGGCUUGAUAAUUCAAUACACAGUAGCUAGCUUUCACGUUAAAAGCGUGGGUGUAUAAGAAUGACUACAGGUUAAGAAUAUGGAUGUAUAAGAAUUAUAAUAAUAGCCUAUACAUCCGUGGUUCCAAGUAAAUGUUCAACCCCUCCCCAUUUAGCCCAACGUGGCACCCGUUGCUUAGCAACGCGAUGUCAACCUCCUUUUCCAAAACACUAAACUCAGAGUCUGGUUCCUGUGGUUGACAGGUAGCUAUGCCCUAAUUAUGAGUCUUAAACGUGUCUAUGAUUAGUAUAAAAUAGAAGUGAGUCAUCAGGAGGAUUUAAGAUUGUUAUGUGUAGGUUAUGAAAGCGUCAUUUGUAAACAAAGCUAGCUUAACUACCUGCCUCGUCAAGCUUAGCUGGCUAAACUAUCAGGUUAGCUUCAUAGUUAUAAGCUCUGUGUAUGACUGGAGUAUAUAAAGCUUGUAAAAUUGAACAGCUGUUAAACGUCUAUCCGCGAUCCAUAAACGCGGUAUAGACACAGGCAAUUUCUCAUUAGGCAACAGAAUGGGGAAGAAAGGGAAGAAAGAGAGCGAAACGCCAUGCAAAGAGACGUUCGAUCCACUGCCUGUUGAGGGGAAAACCCCAGCAACAGUGGUACUUCUGCUGAGCUCUCCAGAGGAGGAUAUUCUGAUCAAAGCUUGUGAAGCGAUCCACACAUUUGCAGAGAAGGGAGAUGAAAACAAGGUUUCUCUGCUGGGACUUGGGGCAUUGCAGCCUCUUUGUCAGCUCAUCACUCACAGCAAUAAACUGGUCAGACGCAAUGCCUUCAUGGCCCUGGGCAUCAUGGCCGCCAACAGUGAUGUAAAGACUGCCCUGAAGAAAAUAGAUGUCAUUCCAUCAAUCAUUGACAAACUGUCACUUGAAGAAGAUACUGUUGUCCAUGAGUUUGCAACACUGUGCUUGGCCUCUCUGUCGGUGGAUUUCAUCUGUAAGGUCAAGAUCUUUGACAACAAAGGUUUGCCACCUCUAAUCCCGCUGCUUUCCAGUCCAGACCCAGAUGUUCAGAAGAACUCACUUGAGAUUAUCUUCAACCUGGUUCAGGACUACCAAAGUCGCCUGGCAGUGCAUGAGUUGGGUGGGAUCCCUCCACUUCUGGAACUGUUGAAGUCUGACUUUCUGGCCAUUCAGCAUUUGGCUUUAAAGACACUGCAGAAUAUCACCACUGAUAAAGAUACACGAAACACCUUCAGGGAAGAGCAGGGAUUUGAGAAACUCAUGGAUAUCCUUGAGAACAAGGACUUCACUGACCUUCAUGCUGAGGCCUUACAGGUUGUUGCUAACUGUCUAAGUGACAGUGAGAGUUUCCAGCUGAUAAACAAGGGAGGAGGACUGACUCGGCUGAUGGAGUUUGUUCUCACUCCCACUGCUCCUGAAAUCCAGUCCAACACUGUUAAAUGCAUUGCCAGAGUUGCUCAGAGCUCGGAGAAUCGCAAACUGCUCCAUGAGCAGGAUGUCGAAAAGGUUCUGGUAGAGCUUCUGUCUGUGGUGAACGACAGCGUGAAAACAGCUACCUGCCAUGCUGUGGCUGCCAUGAGCUUCCACCUUGCCAGCAAAGACAGCUUCAGAGAGCUGGGUGGUUUCCCUGCAGUGGUACAGUCGCUGGGCAGUGAGAGUUUGACGUUGAGAGAGGCUGCAACCCAGGCCCUCUCUAACCUUACACACAACAACCAGCUCAACACCUUUGCAGUGUACGAGGCAGGAGGCCAUGAGUUCCUUGUCCAGCAGCUCCAUGACAGCUGUCCCAGGACAGUGGCCAAUGCUGCGGCCACACUUGGCAACAUGGCAGGACAGGAAGUCAUCCGUUGCAGCAUCUUGUCAUAUGGAGCAAUACAGGCGCUAGUUGAGCCCUUAAAAUCCACAGAUACACAGGUCCUGGUCAACACCACGCUGUGCCUAGCUGUGCUGGCGUGUGAUAUGGAUGCUAGGGCAGAGUUACAAAGUGCUGGAGGUCUUCACCCACUGGUCAAUUUGCUGCGCUCCCAUCACAAGAAGGUGUUGUACAACACAUGUUUGGCAGUCAAUGUCUGUGCAAGUGAUGAACCCAGUGCUGUGGAGAUGUGCAAAUAUGGAGCCCUGGAAAUGCUUCAGGAAAUCAAUCAGUCUGUGAAUCGUAGGAGCAGAUUCAGUGAGUUGGCCAUGAUCAGUCUGCUUAACUCCAACCUGUCUCUGAAAUACAGCCUGACAGGCUCUUUGGCCUCCAGUGACAUUAUUACUGAUGGCUUCUAUGACACAGGAAAGGCUCGUUCAGGUCAGAGGGUUUUGACUUUAGAGGAGCUGUCCAAGCAACCAGUCAACCAACACCGGCCCAUUAUCGCUGUUAAUACAGCAUCAGAUGAGACAGGAGAUGUGCCAGAAGAAAGGCAGAGCAACUCAUCAGAAACAGACAUUAGCAGCAAGGGAGGACGCAGGACACCAAGGAGGAGGAAGGAGGAUGACAAACAGAAAGAUGAGGCCCAGCCAGAGUCUCCCACAGAGAAACUGUGGAAAAUGAUGGAUGACAUCCCACUGCAGAAUCUAGUUAAAGAGGCCAAAGAAUCCAUCCUUCCACUGAAUGAUGAAUGGGAGCAGUAUGCUGCCUUGGCCAGGCUGGUAAGCAGAGUCAUGGGCGGAGCAGUGGAGAUUGAAAAGCUACACGAAUUCCCAUGGGAGCUGCACCUCAGUGAGCUCAAGUUUGAGUUUCAGUCUAAUGUUAUUCCAAUUGGCAUGAUUGGCAAGGGGAUCUACUGUCACAGGGCGCUUCUCUUCAAGUGUCUGGCUGAUUGCAUUGGAAUGAGCUGUAGCCUUGUCAGGGGUGACUACAACCGGGCUUGGAAUGAGAUACUCCUCUUCAAAGGGAAUCCCUCCAGCAAUGAGCACUCAUCACAACCCUGCCGCUUAAUAGUAGACCUCAUGCACCAACCUGGAAACCUGCUGAAAGCCAAAACUGCUGCUGCUGUACAGUAUCAAACUAUAUAGAUCAACACAGUAGUUCAUAAAUAGUACAUAAUCUGACACCGUACUUAGAUUCAUUGUUGAGAAUGUAUUUGUAUUGUAUGUGUAUUUACUAAGCUUCUGUAAUAAACACAUAAUUUAAUCAUAGUUAUUCCACUGAGGAUUCACAAUAUGUUGUAACUACAGAGCCAAGUCAGAUGGAACAAAUAGUACUUCAGGCCAAAUAUACAAGUUAGAGCAGGUAGUCUAAACUGCUACUUUUCAUUAUCGGUUAAUCUGUCAAUUAUUUGAUUAAUCAAUUGGUUGUUUGAUCCAUUAACUCUCAGAAAAUGAUGAAAAAUGUUGAUUACUGUUUCCCAAGAUGACAUCUUCAAAUGUUAAGUUUUGUUCUGACCAACAGUCCACAACCCAAACAUGCUAAAAAUCACUGUUUUAUGUAGUUUGGAUCAAUAUUAAGCACCAAUGCAACAUAGGGUUAACUUUAUUCAAUAGCAAUCUGUUAUUUUGACCCAGUGUUACACACAACAAGCUUUAGAAAAAAACUGUAACAAUGUAUUGUUUAUUAUGCAAAAAUGUGUAUUUGACAUUCAAAAAAUAAACAAGUUAUUCACAAACAAUAACAAAAUGUGGCUUACAAGUUUAAAGAGUAGGGUAGAUUAUAACAAGUGGGUAAAUAACCCAACAAUAGAAUAAAAAAUAAAUAUCGCUACAACUGGAUAAAAACAACUCCUUGUUUUGAUUGGUUUUCUGGGUCACGCUAAUCCAGUAUUGUAGGCAUUAUCAACCCAAAUUGGUUACCUACAUUUUGAGCCAUAGAUUUUAAGUGUGAAUAUAUUCCGUUUAUUGUCAUAGAAAACUAAAGAAACUAUAAAAUAUUCACAUUUGAGAGGCUGGAAUCAGAGGAUCUUCUUUCUUCUUCCUCUUAUGAAAUUACUCAAAACAAUUAAUUGAUUGUCAAAAUAGUUCCCGAAUAAUUCAAUAGUUAAUCGACUAAUUGGUGCAGCUGUGGUGUAAACUUGUAGUUUGUGCCUAAACUGAGGUCAUCACAUUGCAGGAGACCCUACCAUCUCUGAUGUAUUUUAAGGUUAUCGCACCUUAUUAAUGACUU